AUGGAGACUAAUACCUAUUCAACGAUCCAUGGAUUGUCCACACAGAGCACAACAGAGUUAAAUAAAGAUUGUGGGAAACAGUUAGCAGUUUAUUAUACCCUAAAUAAACGACCGAAUGUGCGAUCACAAACAAGAACUAACCGCGCCUAUGAACUACGGGUAGGAGCGGUAAGGAAACCGGUUCGUGAUCCCACACCGAAUUAUCAAUCAGCGGCACCUCGACAGUCUCGACAAGGUCUCACUAAUGACAAUAUGAUGGACCCAACCGCAUAUGACGAGCAAUAUGUCAACAACAUAGUAAUAAUACCGCCCAACACUGAUGUAAGCUUUGAACCAGGAGACAUGAACCAUCAGUCACCAGAAAUUUCCAUUACCCGUUCUGGAGGUCUGGUUAAGUCUAGAAAUGACUCUCAGGAAAGAGUUCAUCCAGUGAAACCUAUGUGUAAUGAUCAAAACAGUCGGUGUCAGGGUGACUCAAAUAUGAAAGAUAAGAAUCAUGAAAUAAAUGAUCCACAAACCUCAGUUUUUCUACAUAGGAACUCUCCUCAGAAGUGUCACCCAUCAGAAAAACGCUCAAACAGAAAUAUGGACACAGAACGUGAAGCUCGCAUUUUCCGUGAUAUGCAGUUAGAUCAUUCGAGGGCCUUGAGGACCGUAAAUGAAGCCAACAUUAACUGGAUGACCACAUGCGAGUCACAAAUCCAGUUGCAACCAUCCGCAGAGAGUGGCGAUCCAGUUUUCUCACGAAUUAAUGUAACCGAAGAGGACCAACCUGUUUUGGUUACUGUACAGCCACCUCUUGUGACAAAAGCCGCAGCUAAUCCAUUACCAGUCAGACGGAAUGGGGAUCAAACCGGUGACCAUACAAUUGAACAGUUUAGCCCUUACACUAGUCCUUCUCUAAGUACCGAAGAAGUGAGCACACCCACUAAGAGAAGGAAAUCCCUGUUAGCAACUCAAUCUUCCAGAGCACUACCUUAUCGCAUACCAACGAACCGCCAACUGCCUAUGCUAUCUCAAUCAGUUUGGCGUGAACAGGAACGUCGACAUAUGGAGCGCACAACAUCCAAUCCACCUAAAAUGGCUCGAAAGUCGAAGAAACGAUGGCGCUCUAGAGGAUUUAUGACGCUUUUUGGAUGCCUGAGAACCGAUCAUGAUGAUGGGACAGAUGCGACACAAAGUUCAUUCUCCCGAAUCGACCUUGCUCACGACAAUUCCAACACUGAGGAUCAACGAACAUCAGCAAUAUCUGGAUCCAGUGUCCCAACAAGCAAAACAAGGGAAACAUCGGCUGAAAAAGAUACCGACAGUCAGACAACCAAAGCAACCUCAAUGGUAAAAAAAGAACUGGAAAAAGUGAAAUCCAUCUGUCAACCAGUUCACUCGCAAAUGCCUAUCAAACCCGGUCGCCGUUUUGUAUUAAAGAAGCACUAUUUGCAUCGGACAUCACGACCAUUUAUAAAGAUAAACAAAACGGUAGCGCAACUGAUAAAACAACAAAGCUGCGGAAUGGAAACGAUAUACAAGGAAUUCGGAAAUGUACAACGCUCGAUUCGUGAAAUGACCUGUCGAAUAGAUAUGAUAACACAAUCGCUAGAAAGUCAGAAAAAAACCCUACUAGAUUUCAUCCGGCGAAUCGAAACUCAAAAAAUUGUAGACAAUUCACAGAAUCCCGACCGAUUUCCCCCAGUUAUCAAGAUUCCAUCAAAUCGCCAUUCCGGAGAGCGAACUGAAGUGCUACAACAUGGGUCAGGAGAUACAGUCCCAGUAACCGGGACUGCUUGUAGACCAGCUGAUAUCACGCUUAAACGAGAUCAUUCGUUACCUACGCGGCACCUGCAAACCCGAAACCUACAUACCUGUGAUAGCCAACAGAGUUCUUCGAAUAUAUUUUGUGUCUCACCUCAAAGGCCUGAGACACAGGCACAAAAACAACAACAGUGUCUAAACUCAUCAGACGAUUGUACAGUUGGCACUGAGCACCAUUCAAAGCAAUCCGAUGAGACAAACAGUCACAAUCCAUCAUAUAAAGGCUCGUCCAUGGAUGUUAGACGUAAUCAUAGUAUUUCCAUCCGAAAGCCAUCAUUCUUAUGCACCAACCAGGGCGACGGUUGUCAUCAAUAUUUCUCGGUUUCCAAAAACUCUCAUGCAAAACAUGUCAAUCAGGCGAAUGAAAAAACACAGGGUCCAAAUACCACAGCUAAUAUGAAUUUGGUGAACCACUCAGAACCGACAAGUCAUUCGUCCGCUCCGACAUCACCGACCACAACACAAGAUGAAGCAGAGCAACAGGCCCAAGACAACCAUGACCUGCAAAAUUACUAUCGCAUUGCUUAUGUUGAACAAGACGCUACAGGUUUACAAAACGUGCUGUAUCGAGGUCAGCGCCUGGCUGCUGCUUCAGCACAAGCUGCAGAUUCGCACUGUCUCCGUAACUUGUCUGACGACAUGAAUCACGCCAACCCCGGACGAGUUCUCAAAGAAGCCAGGCUGACUGCCACUGAAUUUAUUCCACGUUCACGAACGGAAUCAAAAGGCUUAGAAAAUUCCCUUAUUCACGCAUCAUCUACGAACAACCAAGCUCAAGACAUCCAACUUAAACACAAGAGGAAAGGUUUUCAUCCCUUAACCAACCGGGCGCCUCAUAGUCACCAUGCAAUUCACCAUACUCACCGCAGAGAACUGAUCCAACAAACCAAAGACCACAAACCCAGCCUAACUUGUCGGAGACGAAUAGUGGUACAGAAACCUGGCGAUAUAAUAAGGCCUUCGCACAAACAAAUGUGUGCCGGGUAUCGUAAUACGUCUGCGAUUCCGUACGACGAAACUGACGAAGAUUAUUUACCUGAACCUGUUCCCAAACUUCAUCAUGUGGAGCAACGACAAAUUUCAGAGUCCUACUAUACUACAGCCCCUGAUCCCUCAGCGAAAAUGGGAGAGACAAGACCGCAUCACCAGUAUACAAAGCAACGUCACAAAUCAAAGGCAAACAGACACGCAAAGUUUCGGGAAAGUUUGCUUACUAACCAGUCUGCCACAGAUAGACCAAAACGACAUCAGACAGCUGCAGCUAUGUGUAAAUCGAAACACCACCAAAAAUGGAUUGAUCGAAAUAAUAACAGUCAAGACUGGGAACCCAAUGAGACCGACCUGCUUAAUGCAAAUCAGGUUUGCACCGAUUUUGCAGAAUUGUCAUUCGAUGAACUGCAUCAGAAACCGCAAACAAAACUGCGUUUUGUCGUUUCUAAACCAGUGAGAAAUCAAGCAGAGUCAACGAUUGCUGGUGACAGAAAAAAGCCGAUGGAAUUUGCUCUGCCCGGCCCCGAACAGGACAAGCAAAUGGGAGUAGUUGAAAGAUUCAUGGAUGCAAAACGUGAGAAGAGAAGAACAGAGGAUGAACAACGUAUAAUGGAUGAACUCAAACGUAUAGCAAACCAGCAUAAAGAACGGUUGGGCGAAAAAAUGAACCCGAACGGUGACAACAUUUGUGAAGGUUCUAACCAAGCACAGACCUCCAAUUUAAUAGAUGAAACUCUCAAGACACCUCCAGAAUCGGCUUCAGAACAAAACCCACAACCGAACAAGGAAAUGACCGCAUUAGAGCGCUGCCGAGAACAAAGACGUCGUCGUUUGGAAGAGAAAACACAAACGGAUUUGAAAAUGAUUGUAGCCAUGACUGAACAAACUGUAGCAGAACGAAGAGCACGAACAAGUCGGAGAAAUCCUCAAGGAUCAGAACAGAUUGGUAACGUGCUGAAUAAUAUGGCCGAAAGGGUAACUGGAGUUGGUGAAACUCUGCCGGAGCAACCAAACCCAAAGUUGACACUUAGGAAGGAAAACAAAAAUGCACAAAGUGUGACAUCUGAUGCGCCAACUAGUCCAUUUGACACCCAUCUGGAAACAGAAAAGGAUGCGCAAAAGAUGGUAGCUAGUGAUAUCGCAUCAUUCCCAAGACGAUUAGAAGAGAAUGGUGUUCAAACCUGUAACGAAACCAUGGUUGAGAUGAAAAUGGAAACGCCACGGUUACCGGUGCACUUAAUGACUGCGAACAGCUGGAAUGCACCAGGAUAUUAUGUGGCCUGUGGUAUGCCACUUAUUGUCCCUUCAUACAGCUAUUAUUCUUGGCCAAAUCUAAUCCCACUAUCCCACACAAUACCCCUGUCAUACGCUCCUGCUUUGCUUCCAAGGCCAGCUUUACACACAGUUAGUGACCCAAGGACAACUCGUGAUGCGAUUCGGGCAGCGACUCAGGGCGCUUAUCCUACCAAGACUAACUGCAUUGAAUGCGAAUCAUCUAGUUCCUCUAGCCUAUCUACCACCUGCAGUAGAGGGACUAGUUCAUUUGGAACAAAUGAGAGUGUGGACACCGACUGUGUGCCCACUGACAGUUCCUCUUCAUCUCCAGCAGGUGACCAUUACAAAAAUGAAACGCGAUCUGGAAAUGAAUUCCACAACACCAAGCGGUACACAUCACCACCACCACGGCCAGGGAACAGAACAUGCGUACCACUACAGAAUCCUUUAACGACUACAGUCAAUUCAUAUGCACAUCCAAUUCAUUUUCGUUUUGGUCGGGGAAUGUUAUCGGGUACACGCCAGUAUUCCAGUAAUCAGGCGCCCCGAUAUCCUCCACAAAGAACCGUUCGGUUCCAAUUAAAUAAGCCCAGAUAG